AUGUCAAUGCUCUCUUCUCACUUUCCUUCUCUGCUUCUUCUUCUUCCUCCUCUUCUGCUACUCAUAUCCUUCGCAACCCCAACGUCUUCCUCCUCCUCCUCCACCCAGGCUUUCGUCUAUAGCAGUUGCUCUCAGGCUAAGUUCAUGCCGGGCUCUGCCUAUGGGUCUGCCGUCAGCUCCCUUCUCACUUCCAUCGUCAACGGCGCCAUGAUCUCCUCCUACAACAACCUCACCGUCCCUUCCUCCUCCACACAAAACACCCCCAUCUACGGCCUUUUCCAGUGUCGCGGUGACCUUGUCGCUAUCGAAUGCUCCCGCUGUGUUGCCCAGGCUGUCUCCCAGCUUGGCACCAUCUGCCCCGACUCCACAGGCGGCGCCUUGCAGCUCGACGGUUGUUUCGUUAUGUAUGAUGAUUCCGAGUUCUUGGGCGUCGAGGACAAGACUUUGGUCGUUAAGAAAUGUGGGCCUUCCACUGCGUUUACUUCGGAUGGGUUGACUCGAAGAGAUGCUGUGCUGUCAUAUUUGGAGACGUCCGAUGGGGUGUACAAGGCAUUUAGAACGACUAGCUUGGGGAAUUUGCAGGGUAUAGCGCAGUGCGUAGGGGAUUUGAGUGCGACCGAUUGUCAGGAUUGCCUCUCAAAUGCGAUCGGACGGCUAAGAGAAGAGUGUGGGCCCGCUCAGUGGGGUCGGGUAGGCUUGGCCAAGUGCUAUGCGUGCUACUCCGAAGGUGGAGAUUACUCGCCCGAUGAAAACGGUAAGCGUAAAAGUAAGAACAGUGAUGGACUUCAGAAGACGCAGACAAUAAUAGUUGGCGUUGUAGCAGUGACGGCUGUGCUCACCCCAUUCAUUUCAUCCUUCACCAAGGGGGGAACUAGAAGAGAAAAUCCUGCGCAUAACAAACCCCCUCCCCCAAUAGUUCAGCUUGAUUUACGAUCAAUUUGUCGGCCGGAUUCUGGUGUAGGCCCAACUGGGCAUCCCAGUGACAGUCAAUCGAAACCGCAAUCGUGUUCAUCGACAUGUGAGGGAGGGGCAAGUGAUGACAAUAGAAACCUUGUAUGUAUGAGUCACUUGUACUGCCCUUAA